AUGACGGUUUCUACAGAAAAUCGUUGUGACGAAUUCCUGGGGAACAUUAGCAGGGGUCCUUUCUCUCAAGCAUUUAUGGGCUACAUCAUGCAAUGCAACCAGGAGUUCCAGGUGCCUGUGGCCAAGUUGGCACAAAUGAAAACAGACGAUCUCGGUGAUAUUGACCCUUGCUUGUUUGCAUGCGUUUUUAGACGUACAGGAAUGUUGGAUGAUACCGGUAUGUACAAGGCUGAAAUCAAUGAUGAUCUGAAGAAAGCAUUGAAAUCAGAGGAGAACUUGAAUAAACUUACUGCUAUCACCAAGGAGUGUACAUCGGUAAACGAGCAUAGUGUUACUGAUGGUAACAAAGGCUGCGAAAGAGCUGUCAUGGUUUUAUAUUGUUUCCAUGAGUAA